AUGUCUAAUGUUCACCGCUAUGCCGUCAGAACCCUCUUCAGCAACCCAUUCAACAGAAAUUUACAACUACGUUCAUCCAUAGUAUUCUGUUCUCAUCCAUCAAGACGUUUUCUGAGCCAGACAGCCAAUAAAGACAAACUGAUUGUUUUUGAUACCACUCUUCGCGAUGGUGAACAGUCGCCAGGAGUUAAUCUAGUGCCUGAAGAGAAGCUAGAAAUUGCCAGAAAUUUGUCUGCACUUGGUGUUGAUAUAAUUGAGGCUGGGUUUCCUAUCGCUUCGCCGGCCGAUUUUGAGGCGGUUGCAAGAAUUGCAAAGGAAAUAGGACCAUUGAUGAAUGGCAGAGAAAAAGUCGGAAAACCCAUGAUAAUCGCUGGAUUGGCGCGUGCCUCUACGAAAGAUAUACAAAGAUGUCAUGAGGCUGUGUCACACGCUCCCCUACAUCGAAUUCACACUUUCCUUGCUACGUCAGACAUACAUCUUCAGUAUAAGCUAAAGAUCAGUCGAGAGGAAUGCAUAAUACGCGCGGCUAAGGCAGUCGAAUAUGCUCGAUCUCUCUGCGAGGAUGUAGAGUUCAGUACGGAGGAUGCUGGUAGAAGCGAUAGGGAUUUUCUAUGUGAAGUUUUGGCAGAAGUUAUCAGAGCCGGUGCAACAACUUUAAAUAUUCCGGACACAGUUGGAUAUACAACACCAGAAGAGUAUGGCAGUCUGAUCAAAUAUUUGAUACAAAACACGCCAGGAUCCGACAAGGUCAUAUGGUCCACUCAUUGUCAUGACGAUCUCGGUUUAGCUACUGCUAACACAUUGUCUGGCAUUACAAACGGCGCACGUCAAGUGGAAGUCACAAUCAACGGCAUUGGCGAACGCGCUGGCAAUACCUCGCUUGAAGAAGUUAUCAUGGCUAUCCAAGUACACCCUUCAGCUUUCCCUGUUUACCACACUAUAAAUACUCCACUUCUUUAUCGAACAUCCAAUUUAGUGUCUAGUCUAUCAGGAAUGGUGGUUCAACCGAACAAGGCAAUAGUUGGUACGAAUGCAUUCCUUCAUGAAUCAGGUAUCCAUCAAGAUGGUGUAUUGAAGCAUAAGCAGACUUACGAGAUUAUUCGGCCAGAAGAUGUUGGCGUAUUCAACGUAAACAUUGUUCUGGGUAAAUUGUCUGGUCGUAAUGCACUCCGUCAACGUCUUGUCGAGCUUGGAUAUGGUGAUCUGCCUGACGCAGAUUUCCAGAAAGCAUUUGAAAAUUUCAAACUUCUUGCCGACUCAAAGAAACGAAUUACGGACCUCGAUCUUCUGGCUCUGAUGAGAGAUCAAAUGUUAACACCCGCACUGUCUAGAUUUGAGCUCAAAUCCGUCCAGGUGGUCUCUAGUACUCACGGCGUGGCUACCGCAACCGUGAAACUGUUUGAUUCGAUUAAGAAUGAAGAAUUGACCGAUGCUGCUAUUGGUCGCACUGGACCGAUCAUGGCAGUCUUUGCUGCAAUUCAGCGUCUUGUAGAACGCAGGAUCAGAUUACUGCAAUAUGAGGUGCGUGCAGUCUCAGAAGGGAUGGACGCAUUGGGCAAAGUAGCCGUAAAAAUCACUGAAGACGAGGAUUCUUCGGACGUUGAUGAUGCAACCCCGGUAGCAAGUGAUCAUAUCAUUGAUGGACAAGUUAGGCCAAGAGUAGACGCUAGUGGUCAGACUAGAUUGACAAAGAUCACGUAUCAAGGAAAUGGAACAGAUUUGGAUGUAAUCGCUGCCAGUGCCAAAGCAUACGUCAGUGCAAUUAAUAGGCUAUUUGAGGGAGAGGUUGGGGAAACACAAGGGCUGAGACGAAGCUCGCCUGCAGAAAGACAAGUGAAUGUCUAA